GGAAUUUGACAAAAGGCCAACCAAAGGGUAUGCAUAUAUUAAGUGUAUAAUCUAUGGGGUAUGCAAUUUUCAAUAUGACCGUGGAAAUUUAACAAUUUUCCUUUAUGUAGGUAAUUUAUAAAGAAAACCAAUGUAAUGUCCGUUUUCGACAACGCUGUUUUUAAUAACACUCUAUACGAAGCUCUGUAUCUUCAAAUCGAGGAUACUUUGUCUUUUGCAAAAGACUUCUUUGAAUCGUGUUUUUCAUCACUUCCUAUCGAUAAUUUUCCCAAAUCGUUCUUAAAUCUAGAUCAAUUCACGUUUUACGGUGAACUAGCGGAAGCCUUUUAUUUUAAUGAGUUUCAAAUACUAUUAUUAAAAACGUUUCUAUUGAUAUUGUUUAUAACUUUAUUGCUGAUUUGUCUGUCGUGGCGAGUGUACGGUAAAAGAAUUUCCGAGAGGUUCAUGAAACCGGCUACAUCAGCCACAAUAGAACAACUCAAAGAGAGUGUAUCAAAACUGAAGCUACCUAAAGAGCACACUCCAAGAAUUUAAAAUGGCAGACAAGAUAAAAAAGUUCUUCCAGAAGAAGAAAGUCGAUGCAAAAUUCAAAUUGGCCGGUCGAGGUCAUAAAUUGACUGAGUCAACGACAAGCAGUCACGAUUCUGUGAAAAAAGACGUCCCAGUUGUUAAAAGAUCAGGGCUUUCAGAGGAAAGCAAAGUUGCAGCUGAGGCUGCUUUAGCUAGACUCAAUCAGAAGAGAGAAAACCCAGGCUUUAAUACAUCAUUAGCUGCUAUCCAGG